AUGAAAUACUUUGGGUGGGAAACUGUAUCACUGCUUGGACAUUCUUUUGGAGCAGCUGAAGGAUUCAUCUUUGCAUCUGCAUUUCCUGACAAGGUCGACUCUCAUAUAGCCUUAGAUGCUUUGAAGCCAUGGUCACUUGACAUGAGCACUGAACCUAAAAAAUUUGCCAAGAAUUUGGACAAAUUCUUAGAUACAGUUUCUCUUAAUGAUGCGGAGACUCCUUCCUACACAUAUGAAGAAAUGAUUGAAAGGCUGCAUGAAGGAAUGAUUACAAAAUCUGUGACAAAAGAAUCAUGUGAAGUGUUACUGAAGCGAGGAAUAAUUCCCGCUUCUGAAGGAAAAUACUAUUUCAGAAGAGAUAAAAGACUUAAGAUAGGUAGAUUUCUAGGAUGGACACAUCAUCAGUUAAUGGAGAUGACUGCAUCAAUUAAGUGUCGUGUCCUUUUUAUCAAAGCCAUGCCUGGAUUAAAACUAGAACCAGAAAAUAUCAUUGAGGAAACUCUAAACAUGUUGAAGAAAUCGUCAAAAGAAUUUGUUUAUAAAACUGUAGAAGGAACCCAUCAUGUUCAUCUGAAUAAUCCCGAAAGGGUAGCGCCAAUUAUAAAUGAGUUUUUGGCACCAAAAUGA